AUGUCAUCGCGUGAUAAAGAACCAGAGAAAAUCAAUUUCGGGCGUAUAUUUGUUGCAAUUGGACUUUAGCAAUAGAAAAGGAAAAACUUAGCAAGUGCAGAUAAUCUGUCAAAUUACAUUAACGUUUACGUUCAUCUAUCAUAAAUUGCUAAUCGCGGAUAGUAUGAUGUGUUGUGAGUGUGGAUGAGAAGUAAAUUCGGUUUUUGUGCAUUUUCUGUUCAACUUAUUGUUAAUCAAACAUAAUUAUGACCUAAAAUUCUAGAUAAUGGAUGAUAUCAGUUCAGCUUUAGAUCCAGAUGAAUUAAUGGAUCUGGAUGAACCUGAACCUUAUGAUUUAGAUGAUGACGAAGAUGAAAUUCCCGAUGAUCCUGCAGCUUCACCCUUUCAACAUUUAUCUUCUGACCCAGCUUCAGCAGCUACUUCGGCUGCUUCAUCUCCACCCACUGUUGAUGAUUUUCCUAUGCCAUUUAAUUUUACUGGGAAACCACUUGCAAUUAAAAGAGGCCGUGGUCGGCCUAGAAGGGAGGGUGGCAAACCCCCACCCAGAAGAGGUGGGAAUAGUGGCGUUCCAAGAGUAAGAAGAGCAAAGCCUGUUGGCUAUUCUCGAUGUCGCGGUUCUAGAAGUGUCAGACAACCUGAUAGAUUUGAUUUUGACCUAAUCAGCCCUUCUUCUCUGGAUGAUAUGUCUCUUCCCGAUUCAGAUAAUUUCUUUUUUCCCGAUAGAGAGCGUUCUAUGCUUCCUGCUUUCGAAGAUAUUCCAUACGCUCCUGAAACAUGGCCAGGCAAGGUAUGUGCCUUUUGCAACUUGGGCGACCGCAGUCAGUUAGGGCAAGGAGAAAUACUUCGGUUGAAUUGUCCAGAAGGAUUUACUCCCCAGAAAAUCCUAACCAAUGAGUUGAAUAAUCAACCACCUCAACUCCCUGAAAGAGAAUCUGGGGACAAGAGUCCUAGGGGUCCAGUAACUUGCAGACGGUUGAAAAAUUUCAGCAAAGCGCGCAGUGUAUCAUCAAAUAAUGAGCAUAUCGAUGAGUUGACUAUUAUCGGUCAUUUGGAUCAGCCCAGCAUUAGCGUUUUGUAUGAAUCAACGGGUCAAUUUUAUGUUCAUAGGAACUGUGCACUUUGGUCCAAUGGAGUUAGUAGAACAGAACAUCAAGCUUUGGAAAAUGUCGGCCCAGUUGUACUACAAAGUUCGUCGAAGAAAUGCUCUUUCUGCAAUCAUUAUGGUGCUAGUCUUACCUGCAAAAAUGAAGGUUGCUCCAAAUUCUAUCAUUUUCCUUGUGCCACAGCCUCUGGUGCCUUACAAGAACAAAGUUCUUUAUCUGUUUACUGUAGUAACCAUCUUGGUGACGCAGCUAUGCGUGGUGAAGUAUCAGUGUGCUACACCUGUAAAAACGUUGGCGAUAUCUCAAACUUAAUGUUCUGUUCAAGUUGUGGCGCACAUUAUCAUGGAAGCUGUGUUGGUUUAGCUCAGUUACCAGGGGUUAGGGCAGGGUGGCAAUGUCGUAAAUGCCGCAUUUGUCAGAUUUGUCGCAUAAUGGGCGACGAAAGCAAAUUAAUGACCUGCGAGCAAUGUGAUAAAGUUUACCAUGCUAGCUGCCAAAGACCAAUUGUAACAUCUAUACCAAAAUACGGGUGGAAAUGCAAGUGUUGUCGAGUUUGCGGUGACUGCGGGUCUAGAACACCGGGAGCUGGUUUGUCCUCUCGCUGGCACUUGCACUACACUGUUUGUGAUUCUUGUUACCAACAAAGAAACAAGGGUUGCUGUUGUCCUAUCUGUCAGCGUGCAUAUAGAUCUCAUGCUCAUAGGGAAAUGGUUCAGUGUAGCCACUGUCGGAAGUUCUUUUUAUGCUCUAGUAGUUGUUUUGUCUUUUUGCUAGAUAGCAAAAAGAGAAAACCAGAAGAUACGCAGUCGGUGUUGCGACGUCUUUUGCUGCUUGGCCUGGAUGGAUUUCCAGGCGAAAACACUCUGGAAGAUACCAAGUUGGAAUUGGUUGAUUUGAAAGACGAGCCGCAAGAAAUUUAUAAAGAAGGUAUGAUUUGGACGAAGGAGGACGGGCCUCCGCCCGAGGGAGAAAGAGGCAAAGGAACCUGCAAAAAUUGGGUAUCGGCGGCUUUCUGGUUAGAAUGCGUGGAUUGCGGACGGUCAGGAUAA